GCAAAACAAUGGAAAAUAAUUGUCUACAAUCUAUUCAAAAACUUCGAUGCUUUAAAGUCUUUUAUGACAUUGGAUUUCUCCCCUAUAAAAUAAGCGAAGACCAGAAUAAAUUGCUCCAACAAAGGCCGGAAGUUACAUCAGUAGUCAGGCAUCAGAAAAGGCAUCCAAUCGGAUUCAAUGUAAACCUGUUUAACCUACAAAAUGCUCAGAACAAACCAAUAAACGAAAGUCUGUUACCAAGCUCACGUGUAUCAAAGACACCGGAAGAAAAAUGCGCGAUUGAGCUAUCAGAAGACCAUAGGAAAGAAGAGGACCGAAAGUUUGAAUGGAGGGUUUAUCUGGCCUCAUUGCAAUUCACAGAAGAUAUUCAUCCGCCCCAGACAUUAUCACAUAAUCCUAAUUUAAUCAGGCGCCCAAGGAUUCACAUCUCUCCGCCAUUAAAAGAAACAGACCUUCUAUUCAACAACUUUACAAAGCAGCUGAUCCUUAGACAAAUGAUUUUUCCUACCAUUAAAGAUCAGUAUAUUUUUUACAUGAAGAAUUUUCCUCUUUUGCUUGAAAGAAAAACUGAUGAAGAUAUAAAAACUAAAUCGCGAAAAAGAACACCAUCUCCCAAACCCGUGACAGGGCCAGAAUUAAAGCGCGGAAUUCAGCUGAAAUGUCGUCUGCUAGAUCUUCAGCGAGAUGUCAAUGAAUUAGAGAGAGAGGAGCCAGAUAUCGUUUUUGAAACGGAACUCCGGGACAACGUGUUCGAUCCUACAACCUGGGACUGGAAUAAAAUUGUAUGGCCCUUCUACAUCCCUAAGCCAUCCCGAGAGACUAGGAGGCGGAGAUUGAUUUCCCCCAUAUAGAACAAAACAUUUGUUUUAUUUAAUAAUUUGAAACUCAAGGAAAAUCUUAACUAAUAGUCAUCAUUUAAUUCUACUGCCCACAUUAUCAUAAAACACCGAAUUAGUAGUGCUAUGAAAGUACUAUGAAUUCUUUAAUUUAAAGAAUUCAAAACAAAGUUCCUGUAUUUUACCAGUACAAAUAUCAUCGAUCCUAUGAAUAAAUAAACUGUUUUUUUUUUUAAAGAUGUGAGCUAAAUGCAAAUGUGCCCCCAUUAAUGUGAGAACUGCAAUUAAAACAUUAGUAUGA